AUGUAAAUAUUAUCGUCUGAAUAAACAGAAAAUAAUAAUAGUGAAGUAAAAAAGAUUGAAAUGAAGGUAUCUGAGUAGGAUUAAAGUAGUGAGAAUAAGUAAAAAACAGAAUCACUUAAUGAAAUAUAACUCGAGAACAAUAGAAAUUAGGUUUAAAAUUAAAAAGAUUUAUAAAGUAAUUCUAAUCUUUCAAAGAGCAAUUUGGAUGAUGAAUUAGGAUUUUCAUUCAAGAUGGAGGAAAAUCAUUCUUUAAGUAAGACAACACAAAAUAACUUAGAAAGCAAGCUAAACAUAAAAAAUUAGACUUCAGAGCUAAGAGACAGACCUUCAGGUAGAGAUAUGCUAUACAUUUAUAGUAAAUAAAGACAAAGCAAAGAUGUUACAAUUUACAAAGAUGAAUUUAAAGAUAAAUUAAUGUUGUCGCCUAUUAAAAAAUAUGUCAAAUAUAAUAAAUUUCCUUAUAAGCUUUUAAUACACAUAAGUUUAAUCAUUUUUACUUCUUUACAAAUUGAGUAUACUCACUCUUAGUUUACUCCAUUUAGCAGAUAACAAGAUUACGAAUGGGUAUCUCUUUUCUAUAAUGACAAUUAAGCUGCUGAUAAUAAUGGCAUUUAUACUUAUUAUGACAUAAAAAGCUUUUAAAGUCACUUAAAUAGCUUAUUUAUAAAUAUAGCGACUUAUAAUUAGAAGUAUUUUCAAUAGAUUAACUUAGAAAAGCUAAAGAUUUUCCUAUAGUAUGCUCCUGAGCCGAUCACAAAAAAAGAUUUAUUUGUUAAAUUUGAAAACAAUCCAAUAGAUCCUUUUAUAGGCAUUACUUAUCCUUUUAACUAGCAUGACAUUAAUUCUAUUAAAAAAUUUUUAGGAUAAACUAGAAGAUUUAGCAUAAAUGUUAAUAAUUUGGCAGUAACUUUAGCACAUGAAAAAGAGCCUUACUCUUGUUGGAACUUUCAGUUAUAAUAUUAGUACAUUUCAACGAUAUAUUUAUAAUCUGUUCUUCAAGCGGAUGGAAAAAUGUGUGAUGACUAUGUUAAGGUCACAAGAAAAUUAUCAGAAGCAACCAUCCUUUUUAAAGGUUCUUAAGUUUUGAUAAAUUCAAUUAUAAUAGUAUUAGCAUCUGUUAGCUUUAUUUUAGGAUUAAAAUACAUUUUUGAUAUGAUAAAAGAUUACAUGCACUAUAAAAAGUAAGGUUAAAUUCUAAAGCCAAUAGUAAACAAGCCAAAAAAGAAAUAAGUUAAUGAUAUGGAUGAAGAAUAUCUUCCUGAUAAUUUAAUUUAAAUUCUUCAUGAGCAGCGUGCUUGGGAUGAGCUAACAUUUAGUGAAAAGCUCAAAUAUUUUGAUAAAUGGUUUAUAAUCAUUUUAUUAGGUAAUCUUUGCUAAAUUUCAUGCUGUUUAUUCAUUUUGCUUUAAGACAAGCACGAUAAUUUGGUUUCAAGGUUAAGUGAGCCAUUUAGAUGGUUACAAGGUUUAGGUUGCUCAUUAGCAUGGCUAGCUAUUUUAAAAUAUUUUGAUUACUUUUCUAAGUUUAAUAUCACAGCAGAUAUUAUGAGGUAUUCUUUUCCUAAAAUAGGGAAGCAUUUUAUAGGGUAUAUUCCUAUUUUGGCUUCUUUUAUUAUAGUAGGAAGAACUGCUUUUGGGGGAAGCUAGAGAUUUGCAACUAUGAGAGAUAGCUUUGCUACUUUGUUUUCUUUACUUUUAGGUGACUCUAUCAAUGACAUAACUCAUGAUCUAGAGGAUAAUGGAAUAUCAAGACCACUAGCAGUUAUAUAUAUCGUUAGUUUUAUCAUUCUUUUUAUUUUGGCAGUUAAUAACAUUAUGAUCGCAAUCAUUCAAGAUGAAGGAUCCAGACGUAAGGAGGUGAUAAAAAGAGACUAGGAGUACAAAAAAUUAGAUAAAUACAAGAAAAAAUUGGAAAAAGCAAGGAAAAUAGAAGAAUAGAAGUUAAAAUAAAGAAUGGAAAGUGAUUAUUUAGAUGAACAAUCUUAACAAGGCAGAUUUUAAAAUGAACAAUCAGAGGUGCAUUCAUUUAGGACAUCUCAAUAGAUUGAUGAAAUAAGUAUAAAUGAAUAGUAAUAAUAAAAAAUAAGGAGCUAGUUGUAAAGUUAAAAAGAAUUGAGAAUCAAUACAAGUAAUUAAGAUUCUUUAUCCAGUAGUAUAAGUUAAAGAGAGAGGAAAGAGGGAGGUACAGUGAUAUCUUCUGAAACAAAUCAGCUACAAUAAUAUAAUUAAAUUUAAGAUAUUUUAUAGUAAUAAAGUAAUCCUUUAGAUCCUGUUGUUGAAGACUUAAGAGAAAGCUUAUAAAAAGAAGAUGAAGAAAUGAAGCAGUAAGAUGAAAAAACUGAUUAGCAAUAAAAUGCAGACUAAUAAGAUUAAAUUAAAAUAGAAAAUAGUUAAUAAUUGCAUCAGAAUUUAGAUAGCAUUGAAUUUGAAGGUUCAUAAUAAUCAUUUUCUCAUCAAUAAUCUCAUUUGUAACUUACUUCUAAAUAGCAUUCUUAAAGAAGCAAAAUAGACACGAAUUCUAAAAAGAAUAUAUCUUUCUAGGCCUUAACAAAAAUAGCAAUUCAGCUAAUGAAAUCAAAACACAAUGCUUAAGAAAAGAUAAACCUAAAAGAUGAAUUCAACAAAGAAGUUGAGCUCUUAACUGAACAACAGAUGAAUUAUAAAGAAUUUUAUAAAUAGUUAAAAAAAGGUUUUAGCGACUUAACUUAAAUAAUUGAUAAACAGUCUUUUGAAAUUAGGGAUAACUUGUAUCUAUAUCAAAUUUCAAAGCCAUAAAGAGGGGAUAUAAUUAACGAAUUCUGUGAUAUUCUAAAUUAUUUAACACUGCGUAUUAAAUAAUAGCAAAAAAAGCUGUGA